AUGCCUUUCACUAUUUUUUGGGCUCGUGUCCGUGGUCGAAGGUGCGGAUUCUCUCACAAUGGCCCCAUCGAGAGGCCGGCUCGGGAUGAUGGUGUAGCUCCCGCUAGCACUCGGUCUCUUUCUUGGGCUCUUGUUCAAAGCCGUGGCGUAGACUCUCCCGCAAUAGCCCCAUCGAAAGGCUGGCUUGGGAUGGUCACAUUCUUCCCAUUAGCCACUUGGGACGGCGUUUGUAGUGAGCGACUCCAUGACAUCGUGCUUUUCCGACGUCAUCUGUAG